AUGGCACAUACACAGCAGUGGCUUCUGGCCGGGAUCGCGCUUCUGUUCAUUUCUGGAGCGGCUGAAUCCAAAAGGAUUUUCAAAUGCCCUUCAGGAUGCUCCUGUACCAAGGAGACCAUCAUCUGCGUCGGCACCUCACACAUCCCGCGGACUAUACCGAACGAGAUCAACUCCCUGAGCAUGGUAAAUGGAUCUAUCUCUGAAGUCACUGAGGGAAUGUUUGCACUCAUGCCCUCUCUUCAGCUGCUACUUCUAAAUGCAAAUUCUUUGACCACAAUCAAAGAUGACGCCUUCUCUGGCCUUCCACAUCUGGAAUAUCUAUUCAUUGAAGGGAACAAGAUCGAGACAAUCACCAAGAACGCCUUCCGCGGUCUGCGAGAUUUGACUCAUCUAUCACUUGCCAACAACAAGAUGAGGUUUCUGCCAAGAGAUCUGUUUUUUGACUUGGAUUCGUUGCUGGAACUGGAUCUGCGAGGCAACUCUUUCCAGUGCAACUGCGAGAACAAGUGGCUGAUGACAUGGCUGAAAAACACAAACGCCACAGUAUCAGAUGUCUUCUGCGCAGGCCCCAGUGACAUGAAGGGCAAGCGGCUCAAUGACCUUCCUAUUCCGCCGGGCGGCUGCAUCUCCACAGACUUUGUGCGUCAUCAGUCCAUUCCCAUUCAGUCCAUGUCAGCGGACAUCUUCUCGUUUAAAGAGGACAUCUACGUGGCGAUGGCUGCCCCCAACUCUAACAGCUGUGUGGUGAUGGAGUGGGAUCACAUCGAAAUGAAUUUCAGGAAAUUUGACAAUAUCACAGGGAAGUCUGUUGUUGGAUGUAAGUCGGUUCUGAUCGACAACCACGUCUUGAUAAUUGUCACGCAGCUCUUUGGAGGCUCCCAUAUUUACAAGUUUGACGAUCAGCAAAACAAGUUCACAAAGUUUCAAACUAUCGAGGUCUUCAACAUCUCAAAGCCAAAUGACAUUGAGGUCUUCCAAAUGGACGGUGGAUGGUACUUUGUGAUUGUGGACAGCUCCAAGGCAGGUUUGUCUACUCUGUACAAGUGGACUGACCAACCAGACCGCAAUGAAACUGGUUUCUACUCGUACCAGUUCCUCCACGAGUGGUUUCGGGAUACAGAUGCUGAGUUUGUCGAGGUGGAUGGGAAGUCCUACCUCAUCAUAGCCAGUCGCUCUCAGCCACCUGUCAUCUUCCUGUGGAACAAGAGCACCCUGAAGUUCAUACUUCACGGUGAAAUCCCGCAAGUCGACGACGUGGUGGCGGUCAAAGCGUUCCGGGUGGAGAACGAGCUGUAUCUGGCCAUGACGUGCUACAUCGGUGACUCCAAAGUCCUCAAGUGGGCCAAUAAGGUGUUCACUGAGGUGCAGGCUCUGCCCUCUCGAGGAGCGAUGAUCCUCCAGCCUUUCACCUUCACAGACAGGCACUACCUUGCUCUGGGCAGCGAUUAUUCCUUCACACAGAUCUACCUGUGGGAUGUGGAGACCAAAGAGUUUCACAAGUUCAAGGACAUUUAUGUGCAGUCGCCCCGUACAUUUACAGCAGUGACCACCGACCGGAGGAAUUUCAUCUUCUCCUCCAGCUUCAAGGGCAAAUCCAUGGUUUUCGAGCAUAUUAUUGUAGAUUUAAGCUUAUAAUGCAUCGCAAAAUGAUGACUAAUCAAAUCAUCAGUGGGUCAUUUCCAUCACUAUUGCGUGUAUGCUACAAAGGAGUCUCAAUGCUGUAUAUCUUCCUUAUGCAAGUAGAUAUACUUUUCUUGUUUUGAGAUAAACUCCUCUCUGCAACUCAUGCUUUUCUAGAAAUUAUGGAGGUAUGGUUUAUGACAGACCCCAAGAUGUUUGCUCAAAACUGAAUGUUGACAGAAAUAUAAAACAAUGUCAAACUUAUUAAUGUACAGCAUGACAAGGCUUUAAUUUAAUGCUAGAUAUUAUCUUUAAAGAAUUGUUGGCUAAUUCUGUCAAGCAAACUACGGCCAUGCCGAGGGAUGUCCAUCGCCCCACAGUAGACUGUGGCCUGGCCUGAAAUGUAAAGAUACAGAAGAGUGACUGAAGUAGUUGUGUGAAAACGAAAAAAGAGAGCUCAAGCUCCUCUGACAUUCACAUUUCCCCACACCUUGCCAAAGUGGAGAAGGUGAUUGUUGGAUUGUCAGCUUUGGAAAAUUACAGAAAUUGACAGAUGUAAAGCAAAAAAUGGGUGUUGAUGAGAUGUUGGGAGGUUGAGGUUUCAGACGCUCAGCCUGGCGGUCCAAAAUGAAAUCCAAAAUGAUUUUUUUAAAGGCAACAUACUAAGCUGAUUUACAGGUUCAUGAUUUUAUUUUAAGGUUACUUCUAGGACAGAUUUACAUGUCUUACUGCUCAAAAAACACAUCAGUUCCCUCAUACUGCCCAGUGCUGCAGCGCUGUAUUCCUCAUUAGUCUGAAAUGCUCUGUCUAAACUCCUGUGUCUUCAAGGCCUAAACCUCAAUACUCAGUCAGAGUGCUCUGAUUGGUCGGCUCACACAAGUCUGAGCCAGCACUGCUAACAAUGUAUCCAGUCAGUUCUGUCUUGUUUUCAGCUUCUAGUUUGCUUCACUUGUAUCGUGAAUAUCAACAAAUAUUAUGCAAAUGUUUGACAUGGUGAGGUAGUGAUGUCACAGAGUCCCAGAAUUUAAGGCGGGUCUACUGGUGAGGCGUUUCAGGAACAGUGUUUUCCGUGAGAGAGAGGGGCUCUUUUAAACUUAAAAAAAACAACAACUUUGACAUGAAAAAAUCUAUAUAACACACUAAAAAAAGGAAAAAGCAUAAUCGGUCUCCUUUAAGAGAACUGGGAUUUUGUCUUUCUGAGCAGCCAGUAAAGAUUAUGAUGACAUUUCAUCUCCGUAACUGUCACAACUGGUGAUUUAAAUGUGCAUGAAACAGGUUUUCUUCAAAUUUCUUUUACAGCAGAAUGUAUUAGCUGACUUACUAUCGUGAGCUUUAAGCCUAACUGUACAAUAUUUGUAGCUAGCUACUGGAUGAACAGAGUGCCUGAUUAGUGGCAAAACAAAAUGUAAUUUUCUCCUGAUUCCUAUGCAAACUAUGUAAUACUGAUUGUUGCUCUGAAUUACAAUCAUGAGGUUAAUUGUGUGCUGCUAUCUGACUUUGGAAUGACCUUUACUUGGUCCUAGGACACAAAUGUGUGCUCUUUUUGUUACUGUUCUUUGGAUAUUUUUCAUGUAUUGUACACAUUUAAUCACAGUCUGUUCAGUCAGAGUCUUGAAAUGAACUUUUCUCACACACAUAACAAUGGCAUGAUUGGCUUUUUUAUCGGCUGAACAUAACAAAAUGCUAACAAGAGCUAGCAUCGGCAAUAUGUUUUCGUUACCAUGUCAGAUUUCUUUAAAAACAAAAUACAGUAUUGCACUUAUAUCUGUCCGUGUGUCCUGCCUAGCAAUGCUGUAAAUCUUUUCCACUCUGCUAACAUAAACUAAUCAUUAAGAGCUGAACUUUUACAAAAACGCUUCACCGUCAACCUUAAGGCUUAUAAUUGAAUGGGUUUGUUCAAUUGCAUUAAAGACGAUUAAACUACAUGUGUUGUCUUGUUCUUCACUCUGUCUUCCAGUCUUGGCACAUGCACAUGCUGUGAAACGUGACCAUAAAGCAAAGACAAAGUGCCUCAGCCAGCAGGUCUGAAAUUGAUAGUCAUGUCAGCAUCUGGCGUCUGAGACAGCAAUUUCUUUCAGCUG